UAAAUAUUUAAGACAUGCAAACAAAAUUAAUAUUUUAUUAGAAAGUGACAAAAAAAAUAACUAUUUUAAUAACCACGAAACCCGACCACGACAUUGAUUUCAUAAAUUAUGACAAUAAAGAUUCGUAUCAACAUUUCCGCUCACAGAAAAUUAUGAUAAUGAUUAAUCAUUAUUUAUAAUAUUUUUAAAAAAAAUUGACUAAUUCUGUUUUCUCCAGAGCUGAUAGACGUGAGAAAGGAUAUUCGAUGCACGGAAAUAAAUAAAUGAAAUUUAAUAAGGAACAUCCUAGCAACUAUAUACCUCCUAUAUAUUCGCUUUCUACAAUAGCAAAAUCAAAUAGCACAAAUCCAAGUAAACGCCACCGGGAAAGAUUAAACACCGAAUUGGAUCGACUGUCAAUUAUUCUACCCUUCGAUACAACCAUCAUAUCCAAAUUAGAUAAAUUGUCAAUUUUACGAUUAGCUGUUAGUUACAUCAGGAUCAAGGCAUAUUUUCAUGGUGUCCAGAUAAAUCAAGCGCUCAAACACAAUAAUACUAAACUAUACAAUAACUACGAACUUUACAGCGGUUAUAAGGAAAAUAUGGGAUUGUUUUUAAAUAAUACUAUGGAGACCGAAAAAGAUUUAUUAAAUCAAGCGAUGAAUGGUUUCAUACUAGUAUUAAAUUGUCGUGGUGAUAUAUUUUACGUGUCCGAUAUUGUCGAAAAUUUUUUGGGAUUUCAUCAAUCAGAUAUUCUUCAUCAAUCAAUAUACGAAUUAAUUCAUUCUGAAGAUAGGGAAGUCUUAAAAAAACAUCUGAACGCCGCUCAUCAGCUUAAUAUAAAUCGAUUUAAAGAAACAAAGGAAAUUAUUGAAGAAAAUUUCGAAAGAAUAUUGUCAAUCAGAUUCCGUUGCUUACUGGAUAAUACUUCAGGAUUUGUGAGACUUGAUUUGAGGGGAAGAUUGAGAAAAUUGCAUGGCAUUAGACAAGGAACAACCGUGGAUUCUUUAGAAUCUACAAAGGAAGAUUACUAUGAGCCCGUUAUAAAUUUCCGAAAUCUACGAAAAAUGAAAGCGGCAUAUAACAAUAAUUUAAACGACGCAAAUGCCUCGAAGACAAACGCUCAUAAUAAUUGUGUCUGGGGGUUGUUCACUUUGUGCACGCCUAGUAAUGGCACAGAAUACCAAAUAGUCGAUUCGAUAAUGUGCUCCAAAGAUAUAAACUUUAAAACGAAACAUAAACUCGAUUUAAAACUGAUAUCGAUUGAACAAAGGGGCAAGAGCUUAAUGGGGUUAAAUGAUAUCGAUUCUAAUGGACUCAAUUUUUACUCGUUAAUUCAUCCAGAAGAUUUAAACUACGUUACAUUGGCACAUCAGGAAUUAUUGAAAUCGGGAAAUGCCAGUUUAAAUGCGUACAGGAUAUCAUCUGUGUUGGGAAAUAAUUGGCAAUGGAUACAAACAAGUUUCCGAAUCAUUUACAAGAACGGAACAUCGGAUUAUGUACUAUGUUCCCACAAGCCAUUAUUAGAAGAGGAAGGAAGGGAUUUGUACGGAAAACGCAAAAUGGAAUUUCCUUUAACUUUAUUCUAUCCCGUGAAUGAUGAUAUUCGGAAAAACAAAAGAAUGCAUUCCUCGUCUUCCUUAGAAAAAACGAGUCACAAAGAUUCAGUAUAUAUUUUAAGGAAUGAUAAAAUGCGCAGGGAAAAAGAUAAAUCCCAAAAUACAUUAUUCCAUAAAUCAAAACAACUUUAUCACAAAAAAGAAAAAAUUGAUAAAAAUAAUAGCAUUCAUAACAACGGCAGAGAAGAUAAGAAAAAAGUAUUCUUUCAGAACGAUGUAUUUAAAUACGAUUCAUUGCUAAAACAUCAUGAGACAAAGCAUAAUAACAUUAAUAGUUAUAAUAGUAGUAGUAACUUCUCCCUUCUUAAUACGAAUAACACAGAAUUUAAGAUAAAAAAAGCUGAAUUCUUUGAAAAUGACUCUAUACAAAUAAUCAAAAAGGGAAGAGGACGUCCUCCUGGUACCAAAAAAAUUAAAUUGAACGAUGGUUCCAGUGCGCCGACAAAUAAUUCAAGCGCGUUGUUAGCACAAUCAUCAAAAAAUAUAUCGUGCGAUAUAUACAAUACGGAUAUCAAUUCAUAUAAUCAAUAUCGAAUAUUAGAAACUCAACAUGAGAAUCAUAUAUAUUAUCCCUUCGAUCCAGUUUACCACAAUCCCAGUUCGAUAUUCAACGAGUUCAAUUUCAAUAACAACUAUCUUUUUAAUCCGUAUCCUACGCAUCACAAUCACCCAUACCCCUUAGAAUAUGAUCUGCAUAAUUAUAAUAUUAAUAUGGCAAAUAAUAGUUUUAUGUUUGAAAAUCCGGUACAAAUACCAUCAAGUUCAUAUUUUAAAAAUUCCACCUUUUUGCCACAAUAUAUGGAGAGUCAAGAAAUACUAAACUUAUCACAAAAGGGCUCAAUGCAAUCAAAUUAUUUAUGUCUUUAUAAGAAUUUAAAAAAUCAAAUUAGUGAUAAAAUCUCCACGUCUAUUUAA